AUGAGCGAUAUAUCUGGUAUCAAAAGCAUGUGUGACAAGGGUAAUAUAAGAGUCUACCUCAUGGGUACAAUUAAUGUGUAUGAGUUAUACACCUCUAAGAGUGUGUUGUCACAUGCUGUUUCUGGCUUUCCAGAGUCUGAUUAUAUGUCUGACCUUUCCAAGUUCCGUAGGGCGAAGCUCCUUCAUGUCUUCACGACCUUCUUCGAUGUGAACAGAAGCGGCGAAAUUGAUGAGAAAGACUUAGACAUCGCCAUCCAGAAAGUGUGCGGCGCCCGUGGUUGGAGCCAGGAGGACCCCCACUAUGAGAAAACCCGAAACACCUUGAGGACUUUGUGGACUGUUCUGACGAGCAAAGCCGACAUCGAUCACGACCGCCAGGUGUCUGUGGAGGAGUGGUACUGCGCCUGGAGGGAAGACGAGAGCGACCGUGAGUGGAGUCAUAUCUUCAGGGAUCUCAUGUUCCUUCUUGAAGACGCUUCAGGUGACGGCCACGUGGACGUAGACGAGUAUGUGGCACUGUACAAGGCACUCGGUCUCCAGGAGGCACAGUGCCGAGAGGCUUUCAGACGCAUUCAGAAGGACGACGCGUCUGUGGUCACAAAGGACAAGUUCGACGUCCUGUGGGAGCAGUACUUCCACUCCGAGGACCCCAACGCCCCUGGGAACUUCAUCUUCGGCAAGUUCGACUUCUAAGGAGACCGUGUCGAGAGCUGGGGAAGCGCCGAGGCCCCGAGCGACGCUGAGGGGCGGCUGGCGAUGGACUUGGGGGUUCGAGGAUGAGGUUGGGGGUUGAGGACGAGGUUGGGGGGAGACGAGGCUGGGGGUC